GUACAACGAGAACCCUUUCCAUAACUUUGAGCAUGCAUCGCACGUAACAAUGAGCGUGACAAAGUUGUUGAGUCGCAUUGUUGCACCUAGUGAUGUACUCGAUGGACUCUCCAACAAUGGCGGAAGCGGUCGUGGUCGAAAUCGGUUGGCCUCCAAUCUGCAUGAUCACACGUACGGUAUUACAUCGGAUCCAUUGACUCAGUUCGCUUGCGUCUUCUCGGCAUUAAUUCACGAUAACAAGAGCGUGGCGGAACAAAACUCUAUCGAUUUAGCUUGGGAUUUGCUAAUUGACGACAGCUACGCGGAACUUCGCAAUACAAUAUAUGCCACUCAGGAAGAACAACUACGAUUUCGUCAGCUAGUCGUCAACUCGGUCAUGGCUACGGAUAUUAUGGACAAGGAUCUCAAGGGACUUCGUAACGCGCGUUGGGAAAACCGAAAGGCAACAAUCGUAAUUGAACACUUGAUUCAGGCUUCGGAUGUAGCGCAUACGAUGCAGCACUGGCACAUCUAUCGAAAGUGGAACGAACGCUUGUUUUGUGAAAUGUAC